GAGAGAGAGAUGAUCGGAGGAUUGGGGGCUCAGUGAACAGAACAAAGCGAUGGAGAGAUGCUCCGUCUCUCCUGUCAAACGACUGACCACCCUCCGCUGCCUUUUCUUCCUCCUGGUUGCCGUGGUGACACGACCCUCAAGCUGUAACCGUGACGACGAGGGCGAGGGGCAGGUGGAGGCCCUCUCGGCCCAGCUGUCCGUCCCAGAACAGGUCACACCCACCCCUAUUUGGUCCGUGGACUGGGGCCCCACACUAUCCCUGGAGGACGAGACGCAUCACAUCCUGUCCAGCCAGGAAGCGGACCUGCACCAACACGGCCAUGAAGUCCCCACGACAACCGCCGAGGCCUGGCCGCAUCAUCAGAGUGCACUGGGCAGUGCUUUGCCCCAGGAGCCCCUGGAUCUUCUGGAGGCCCCAGACGCAGAGGGAGUGGAGGAUGGAGGAAGUGAGCCGGAGGAGAGAGAGCCUGAGGAAGUGGACCCUCAGUUCUACGUCACAGUGACCAUCUCCUCUCUGCUCAUCCUGACUGCUGUCAUCAUAACGGUCAAACUCUGUUAUGACCGCAGCUGUUCCCAGCACCCACCCCCGCUUUCCCGUGGCGUGGCCCCCCCUCUCUCUCUCGCCCUCCCUCGUUCCCUGGCUCUGGAGGACAGCCGGCAGACGCUGCACGGCACUCCCUCCUUUACCGACAGGGAGAGGUAA